AUGACACUUGUUGAAUUUUAUAUGAGUUAUGAAAGUGCAAUGGAUGCACAGAGGUACAAACAAGAUAAGCUCAAUGCUGAAUCACUUCACACAAACCCACAAUAUAAAACACCAUUGCCGAUUGAAAAACAUGCCGGUGAAGUCUAUACUAGAAAAAUAUUUUUUCUUUUUCAAAAUGAAGUUUAUAAGUCUUGUUUCAAAACUUAUAUUCAAAGUAUUGAAAAGAUUGAAAGUGUGGAAAGUAUAACUGUUUUGGACUCAACGGUAAGUAAGAUGUACAAGGUGAAAUUUAUACUGGGAAGUUCGAUUGACGAGUUGAAGGUAGAUUGUGAUUGCAAGUUAUUUAAACGGAUAGGAAUAUUAUGUUCCCAUGCGAUUUGUGUUAUGAGUGCAAGAAAAAUAACACAAAUACCACAGCAAUAUGUUUUAGAUCGUUGGACGAAGCUAGCAUUAAAGAAGCCUAUUUUUGAUUUGCAUGGGAAUCUGAUUGAAGAGAGCAAAAAGUGUAACAACGUGGGGAAGUUGUUGGGGGAAGUUUGGUGUGAAAUAUUCAAUUGUGUAGGUUUAGCUCAACGGAGUGAGAGUGAUUUACAAUCACUUUCACAAAACCUAAAAGAUAUUAGUAGAAAAUUGGAGGAAAGUGAUGAUGUGAGGGUGGACAUUACUAAAGAGCAACAAAUCGAAUUGUUAGUAGGCACAAGUUCAUCUUCGACAAUGGAAAUACAAAACCCAAUCCAAUCAAAGAACAAAGGAAAAAGUCGAAAUUGCCCAUCAACAAAAGAUACCCCACUUAAGGUAUAA